AUGCGGCGCGUUGCCCUGCCGCCGCUGAUGCUCCUUAUGGCUUUAGCGCAAAGUACCUGGGGACACUUGGCACUGUGUCCCUUUCAGUGCGACUGCUCCGAGUGGAACACAUGGGCCGUUUCGUGCUUCGAUGUAGACCUUAUUCCUGCACUUCCCGAGAGCACCGAGACUCUCCGGCUCCUGGAAACCAGACUGCAUUCUGUGAAUCAAGAUGCCUUCGCAAACAUGGUCAACAUUUCACACAUAUAUAUUUCGGUCGACGUGACUUUGAAGAGCCUGGAGAAGCACUCCUUUUACAACCUAAAGAAAAUCACCCACAUAGAAAUCCGGAAUGCUAAGCGUUUGUCAUACAUUGACCCAGAGGCCUUUAAGGAUCUUCCAAAUUUGAAAUACUUGGGGAUUUUUAACACUGGUCUCACUGUGUUCCCUGACCUCACCAAGCUCCACUCAAAUGAUGUAAACUUCAUACUUGAAAUUGCUGACCAUCCCUACAUCACGCAGAUAAAGGCCAAUUCAUUUCAUGGCAUCACCAAUGAUGUGCUCACAGUGAUGCUGUACAACAAUGGUUUCACAGAAAUCCAACAACAUGCCUUUAAUGGAACAAGACUGGAUUCUGUGUAUCUCCACAGGAACAAGUACUUGACCCGGAUAGAUGAGAAUGUGUUUGCUGGUGCCAUUAGCGGUCCAGUGCUUCUUGAUGUGUCCCUAACAAGCGUGACCUCUCUGCCAGCAAAGGGACUGGAGUCCCUGCGUGAACUUAUAGCUCAGAACACUUGGACCCUUAAGAAACUCCCUCCAAUAAAGACCUUUCAACAUCUAAUGAGUGCUGACCUCACCUACCCCAGCCACUGCUGUGGGUUCAAGAACCUAAAGAAGAGGAAGGGGUAUUUGGAGUAUAUCAUAUGCAACCUUACUGCAUUUUAUGGUCAACAUGAAAAGCGGUCUUUGAGUGGGUUCCGAAUUCCUGUUCAACACGAAAACACUGGGGAGGAUUUGAAUCCUGAUGAGGCCUUUGUCCAGGAAAACCACAAACAUCGUGAGUUCCGUAGCAGCCUGCACUAUUAUGCCUAUUUUGGUGGGCAGCUUGACAGUGAUGUGGGUUUUGGGGACACACUGAAAAACCCCCAAGAAAAUACCAACCAGGACUUUGACAGUCGCUAUGACUACAUUGUUUGCGAGGACGGUGAAGAGAUCACCUGUACACCUACGCCAGAUGAGUUCAACCCCUGUGAGGACAUCAUGGGCUUAGGCUUCCUGCGUGUAACCGUUUGGUUUGUCAGCCUGCUCGCCAUCCUGGGAAACCUGUUGGUGCUGCUGGUCCUACUUACCAGUCACUACAAGCUGUCAGUGUCCCGCUUUCUCAUGUGCAAUUUGGCAUUCGCAGAUCUCUGCAUGGGCAUCUACCUUUUGCUCAUUGCCUCAGUGGACCUUCACACUAGGACUGAAUAUUAUAACCAUGCCAUUGACUGGCAGACUGGUGCUGGCUGUGGACUGGCUGGCUUCUUCACUGUCUUCUCCAGUGAAUUGUCAGUGUACACACUGACCAUCAUUACAAUAGAGCGCUGGCAUGCCAUUACCUUCGCCAUGCGGCUGGACUGCAGACUCCGGCUCCUACAUGCUGCUGCAGCCAUGUUGAUCGGCUGGUUAUUUUGCUUGUUGCUGGCAAUCCUGCCCCUGGUGGGCGUCAGUAGCUACCGUAAGGUCAGCAUCUGCCUUCCCAUGGACACCCAGACAACUAUGGCUAAGGUCUACAUUUUCUCUGUGCUGGUCCUCAACAUCCUAGCCUUCCUGGUCAUCUGUGUCUGCUACAUCAAGAUUUAUUGUACCGUGCGCAACCCAGAGCACUGCCCCGGUCGUAAAGAUGCCAACAUUGCCAAGCGCAUGGCCAUCCUCAUCUUCACUGACUUCCUCUGCAUGGCACCAAUUUCCUUUUACGCCAUGUCAGCAGUGCUGAACCGGCCGCUCAUCACUGUCUCCAAUUCCAAGAUCCUGCUCGUUCUCUUCUACCCACUAAACUCCUGUGCUAACCCUUUCCUAUACGCCAUUUUUACUAAAGCCUUUCGUGGUGACAUCUUCAUCCUGCUCAGCAAAGUGGGCCUCUGUAAGCGCCGUGCACAGCAUUUCCGGGGCCAGACCAUGACUUCCAAAAAUGUUGGAGUGUGUCAGAGAAGGCUCAAUGUCGGCACCCAUGAGGCACAAAUAUGUCUGAAGGAGAACUUUGGUCAGACAGCACCCAAACCCCUCCUGGAGCCUCUGAAGUUUCAGCCCAUGCUGGAAGACAGUCAUAGAAGGAGCUUGUGA